AUGUCUUCCUUAGUAUCAGCUAUAAAAAUCCCUGCCACUUCUAAACCAGCCAAGUCUGCAAUAAUAUUCGUUCAUGGUCUUGGAGAUUCAGGAGAAGGAUGGUCUUGGUUUCCUCAAUUGGUUCGUCAACUUGGUAUUAUUAAAAGUAGGGAUUCAAUCAACUAUGUAUUUCCAAAUGCUCCUUCCAUGCCAAUUACAGCAAAUGGUGGCUACGUGAUGCCUGCUUGGUUUGAUAUCUUUGCCUUUGGGAGUUCGGAUAGCCCACAAGAUAUUCCUGGAUUCCUAAAAAGUUGUGAAGUUCUUAAGAGCUUGAUAAAAGAGCAAAUUGAGGUAAACAACGUUCCACCUGAGAAGAUUAUUUUGGGAGGGUUUUCCCAGGGUGCAGCUAUCUCUUUGGCAACUUUAUCUUCAUUGGAUUUCAAGAUUGGAGGUGUGGUUGCCUUGUCGGGUUUCUGUAAUAUACCCGAAACUGUUAAGAAAAAUCACAACAAAGAUGGAGUCAAUUUUGAAACUCCAGUUUUUCAAGGUCAUGGAACUGAAGAUCCGUUGGUUGCCUUGUCUUUUGCGCAAAAAGCUUCUGAGUUAUACAAAGGUUUGGGUUUUUCAAAGUACACGUUCAAGACAUAUGCUGGUAUGGCACAUAGCUCUAAUGAAGCUGAAUUGAAUGAUGUAAUGAAUUUCAUCUCCAAAGUUAUUGACUCAUAG